GAUUGGUCGAGAGCGUCAACCAAUCGAGUUGGACGUACCAAGCUAGGAUCACGUUGCACGCGCUUAUAUUGGGAGCCUCCGCUUGUUUCCCUGACAGAACGGCUCUCUAACGGCCGCCCAGAUCGUGCCGCCAGAAGUAGUCCGUCCGCCGCCGCUUGCCAAACACGUACGAAACUGACGACUGCUUAGCUCCAAGUAGAGAAGACAGGGACACUCACUAGAACAAGAUGCCGAAGCCGAAGCCUCAAGAGGGAGAGGAUCCCGAUCCCACCCCAUACCUCUUCGUGUCCCUCGAGCAGAAGAGAAUCGACCAGACCAAGCCGUACGAUGCGAAAAAGGCUUGCUGGGUACCCGACGAGAAGGAGGGAUACCUCCUUGGUGAAAUCAAGGCCACCAAGGGUGAUGUCGUCUCCGUUGGUCUGCCUGGCGGCGAGACCAAGCAGUUCCGCAAGGAUCAGCUGCAACAAGUGAAUCCGCCGAAAUUUGAGAAAGUCGAUGACAUAGCCAACCUGACCUUCCUCAACGAGGCCUCCGUACUGCACAACCUGAAGCAGCGUUACUUCAGCAAACUCAUUUACACCUAUUCUGGCCUGUUCUGUGUGGCCAUCAAUCCUUACAAGAGGUACCCCGUCUACACCCAACGUUGUGCCAAGCUCUACCGUGGUAAGAGGCGUAACGAAGUGCCACCUCACAUUUUCGCCAUCUCUGACGGAGCCUACGUCAACAUGUUGACCAACAGCGAGAAUCAGUCUAUGUUGAUUACCGGUGAAUCUGGUGCCGGAAAGACUGAGAACACGAAGAAGGUAAUUGCGUACUUCGCCACUGUCGGUGCCUCGACGAAGAAGGUCGACGAAGCUUCCCAGAAGAAGGGUUCCCUCGAGGAUCAGGUCGUCCAGACCAAUCCUGUACUUGAGGCUUUCGGUAACGCUAAGACCGUCCGUAACGAUAACUCCUCCCGUUUCGGUAAAUUCAUUCGUAUCCACUUUGGUCCAUCUGGAAAACUGGCUGGUGCUGAUAUCGAGACCUACCUUCUGGAGAAGGCUCGUGUAAUCUCUCAGCAGUCCCUUGAGCGUUCCUACCACAUCUUCUACCAAAUGAUGUCCGGAGCUGUUCCCGGCUUGAAGGAAAUUUGCUGUCUUUCGAACAACGUCAACGACUACUACUUCGUCUCCCAGGGAAAGACUACUAUCCCCGGUGUCGAUGACGGCGAGGAAUGCCUUUUGACCGACCAAGCCUUCGACGUCCUCGGUUUCACCCAGGAGGAGAAGGACAACAUCUACAAGAUCACUGCCGCUGUCAUGCACAUGGGAGGCAUGAAGUUCAAGCAGAGGGGUCGCGAAGAGCAGGCUGAGGCUGACGGCACUGAGGAGGGUGAACGCGUAGCCAAGUUGCUGGGCUGCGAUUGCGCCGAUCUGUACAAGAACUUGCUCAAGCCCAGGAUCAAGGUCGGUAACGAGUUCGUGACCCAGGGUCGUAACAAGGACCAGGUUGCCUAUUCCGUCGGUGCCAUGUCCAAGGCCAUGUUCGACAGACUCUUCAAGUGGCUGGUCAAGAAGUGUAACGAGACUCUUGACACCAAGCAGAAACGUCAGCACUUCAUCGGUGUACUGGAUAUUGCCGGUUUCGAAAUCUUUGACUUCAACAGCUUUGAGCAGCUCUGCAUCAACUUCACCAACGAGAAGUUGCAACAGUUCUUCAACCACCAUAUGUUCAUCCUUGAGCAAGAAGAGUACAAGCGCGAGGGCAUUGAAUGGACAUUCAUUGACUUUGGAAUGGACCUUCAACAAACUAUUGAACUUAUUGAGAAGCCCAUGGGUAUCCUCUCCAUCCUUGAGGAAGAGUCUAUGUUCCCCAAAGCCACGGACAAGACCUUUGAGGAGAAAUUGAACAACAACCAUCUUGGCAAGAGUCCCAACUUCUUGAAGCCCAAGCCACCGAAGCCUGGUCAGCAACCUGCCCACUUCGCCAUUGGCCAUUAUGCCGGCAACGUACCUUACAACAUCACUGGCUGGCUCGAGAAGAACAAGGACCCGUUGAACGACACCGUUGUCGAUCAGUUCAAGAAGUCCACGAACAAAUUGCUGAUCGAGAUCUUCGCUGAUCAUCCCGGUCAGUCCGGUGACGCCGGUGGUGGUGGCGGCGGCAAAGGUGGACGCGGUAAGAAGGGCGGUGGCUUCUCCACCGUGUCUUCCUCCUACAGGGAGCAGCUGAACAACCUCAUGACCACUCUGAGGGCCACUCAGCCUCACUUCGUUCGUUGUAUCAUCCCCAACGAAUUGAAGCAGCCUGGAGUGAUUGACUCCCACUUGGUGAUGCACCAGCUCACCUGUAACGGUGUACUUGAAGGCAUCCGUAUUUGCCGUAAAGGUUUCCCCAACAGGAUGGUCUACCCUGACUUCAAGCUUCGGUACAAGAUCCUGGCACCCCAGGCCGUCGACAAGUGUGCUGCCGACCCGAAGAAGGCUGCCGAGGCUAUCUUGGACGCUGCUGGCCUUGAAGCUGAUCAAUACCGUCUUGGACACACCAAGGUCUUCUUCCGCGCUGGAGUCCUGGGUCAGAUGGAAGAAUUGCGUGACGAGCGUCUUGGCAAGAUCGUCUCGUGGAUGCAGGCCUUCGUCAGGGGUUACAUUACCCGCAAGGAGUACAAGAAACUCCAGGAGCAGCGUCUGGCUCUCCAAGUCGUCCAGCGCAACUUGCGCAAGUACCUCCAGCUCCGCACCUGGCCCUGGUACAAGCUCUGGCAGAAGGUCAAGCCUCUCCUCAACGUCACCCGCAUCGAGGACGAGCUCGCCAAACUCGAAGAGAAGGCCGCCAAGGCCCAGGAAGCCUUCGAGCGCGAGGAGAAACUUCGCAAGGAAUUGGAGACCCUCAACAGCAAACUCCUCACCGAGAAGACCGACCUCCUUCGUCAACUCGAGGGAGAGAAGGGAUCCCUCUCCGAGUUCCAGGAGAAGUCUGCCAAACUCUCCGCCCAGAAGAUCGACCUCGAGUCCCAGCUCCAGGAUAUCACCGACAGACUGCAGCAGGAAGAGGACGCCAGAAACCAGCUCUUCCAGAACAAGAAGAAGUUGGAGCAGGAGGUGUCCGGGCUGAAGAAGGACGUCGAAGAUCUUGAAUUGGCUGUUCAGAAAUCCGAGCAGGACAAGGCCACCAAGGAUCACCAGAUCCGCAACUUGAACGACGAGAUCGCUCACCAGGACGAGCUCAUCAACAAGUUGAACAAGGAGAAGAAGAACCAGGGUGAGGUUAACCAGAAGACUAGCGAAGAACUUCAGGCCGCCGAAGAUAAGGUCAACCAUCUCAACAAGGUUAAGGCCAAGCUCGAGCAGACCCUUGAUGAACUCGAGGACUCCCUUGAGCGUGAGAAGAAACUCCGCGGAGACGUCGAGAAGACCAAGAGGAAGGUUGAGGGAGACCUCAAACUUACCCAGGAAGCCGUCGCCGACCUCGAGAGGAACAAGAAGGAACUGGAGCAGACCAUCCAGCGCAAGGACAAGGAACUUUCCUCCCUCACUGCCAAGCUCGAGGAUGAACAGUCCCUUGUCGGCAAGCUCCAGAAGCAAAUCAAGGAGCUCCAGGCCCGCAUCGAGGAACUCGAGGAGGAAGUCGAGGCUGAACGUCAAGCUCGCGCUAAGGCCGAGAAGCAACGCAGCGACCUCGCCCGCGAACUCGAGGAGCUCGGUGAGCGCCUUGAGGAAGCCGGUGGUGCCACUUCCGCUCAGAUCGAACUCAACAAGAAGAGAGAGGCUGAGCUCAGCAAGCUCCGCAGGGACCUCGAGGAGGCCAACAUCCAGCACGAAGGAUCUCUCGCCAACCUUCGCAAGAAGCACAACGAUGCCGUCGCCGAGAUGGGAGAGCAGAUCGAUCAGCUGAACAAGCUCAAGGCUAGGGCCGAGAAGGAGAAGGUUCAGUACUUCAGCGAGUUGAACGAACUCCGUGCCAGCGUCGACCAUCUGAGCAAUGAGAAGGCUGCUCAGGAGAAGAUCGCCAAGCAGCUCCAGCACCAGCUUAACGAGACCCAGGGCAAACUCGAGGAAGUCAACCGCACCCUGAACGAUUUCGAUGCCGCCAAGAAGAAGCUUUCCAUCGAAAACAGUGAUCUCCUUCGUCAACUUGAGGAGGCCGAAUCCCAGGUCAGCCAACUGUCCAAGAUCAAGAUCUCCCUGACCACUCAGCUAGAGGACACCAAGAGACUCGCCGACGAGGAAUCCCGCGAGCGUGCUACCCUCCUUGGCAAGUUCCGCAACUUGGAACACGAUCUGGACAACAUCCGCGAACAGGUCGAAGAGGAAGCCGAAGGCAAGGCUGACCUACAGAGGCAGUUGAGCAAGGCUAACGCCGAGGCUCAGCUCUGGCGCACCAAGUACGAAUCCGAGGGUGUUGCCCGCGCCGAGGAACUCGAGGAAGCCAAGCGCAAGCUCCAGGCUCGCCUCGCCGAGGCCGAGGAAACCAUCGAGUCCCUCAACCAGAAGGUCAUCGCUCUGGAGAAGACCAAGCAGCGUCUUGCUACCGAGGUCGAGGAUCUCCAACUGGAGGUCGACCGUGCCACUGCCAUCGCCAACGCCGCCGAGAAGAAGCAGAAGGCCUUCGACAAGAUCAUCGGCGAAUGGAAGCUCAAGGUCGACGAUCUGGCCGCCGAGCUCGACGCCAGCCAGAAGGAGUGCCGCAACUACAGCACCGAGCUCUUCAGGCUCAAGGGUGCCUACGAGGAAGGCCAGGAACAACUCGAAGCCGUCCGUCGCGAGAACAAGAACCUCGCCGACGAGGUCAAGGAUCUCCUCGACCAGAUUGGAGAGGGUGGACGCAACAUCCACGAAAUCGAAAAGGCCAGGAAGCGCCUCGAGGCCGAAAAGGACGAGCUCCAGGCCGCUCUCGAGGAAGCUGAAGCUGCUCUCGAACAGGAGGAGAACAAGGUACUCCGUAGCCAGCUUGAACUCAGCCAGGUCAGACAGGAGAUCGACCGUCGUAUCCAGGAGAAGGAAGAGGAAUUCGAAAACACCAGGAAGAACCACCAGCGCGCUCUCGACUCCAUGCAAGCUUCCCUCGAAGCCGAAGCCAAGGGCAAGGCUGAGGCGCUGCGCAUGAAGAAGAAGCUCGAAGCUGACAUCAACGAGCUCGAGAUUGCUCUGGACCACGCUAAUAAGGCCAACGCUGAAGCCCAGAAGAACAUUAAGAGAUACCAACAGCAGUUGAAGGACGUCCAGACCGCCCUUGAAGAGGAACAGCGUGCCCGUGAUGAGGCCCGUGAACUUCUUGGAAUCAGUGAACGCCGUGCCAACGCCCUCCAGAACGAACUUGAGGAGAGCCGCACCCUUCUGGAACAGGCCGACCGCGGUCGUCGCCAGGCCGAACAAGAACUUGGAGAUGCCCACGAGCAGCUGAACGAACUCAGCGCUCAAAACGCUUCCAUCUCUGCUGCCAAGAGGAAACUCGAAGCCGAACUCCAGACCCUCCACUCUGACCUUGAUGAGCUCCUCAACGAAGCCAAGAACUCCGAGGAGAAGGCCAAGAAGGCUAUGGUUGAUGCCGCCCGAUUGGCUGACGAACUCAGAGCCGAACAGGACCAUGCUCAGACUCAGGAGAAGCUGCGCAAGGCUCUCGAGACCCAGAUCAAGGAGCUCCAGGUGCGUCUGGACGAAGCCGAGGCCAACGCCCUCAAGGGUGGCAAGAAGGCCAUCCAGAAGCUCGAACAGCGCGUCCGCGAACUCGAGAACGAACUCGAUGGUGAACAGAGGAGACAUGCCGAUGCCCAGAAGAACCUCCGCAAGGCCGAGCGCCGCAUCAAGGAGCUCAGCUUCCAGGCCGACGAAGACCGCAAGAAUCACGAGCGCAUGCAAGACCUGGUGGACAAGCUCCAGCAGAAGAUCAAGACGUACAAAAGGCAGAUCGAGGAAGCCGAGGAGAUCGCCGCUCUCAACCUUGCCAAGUUCCGCAAGGCCCAGCAGGAGCUCGAGGAAGCCGAAGAGAGGGCAGACCUUGCCGAGCAAGCCAUCGCCAAGUUCCGCACCAAGGGACGUGGAGGAAGCACCGCCCGUGGUCUCAGCCCAGCGCCACACCGACCUUCGUUCAAACCCACCCUCGAUGGUUCCGCAUUCCCGCCACGCUUCGACCUGCAGCCCGAUGGUGAAUUCUAAGCCAACGAGUCCACGAUCCCCGUCAAUCAGCAUCCACUUUCAAUGUCAUCGACUAUUCAUCGAAACAUCAUUAAACGUUCGCGCCCUCGGUUGACUCUCGGUUGACCUACCACUGAGAUCAUCGAGAAAAGCACAAAGUCAAGAAGAGAAGAGACGCACGAGUAUAACGAAGAGAGGCGCGACGUCUUACACUUUCCCGCGAAAAUCAAUAAAAAAUUGUCAAUGAAUUAUUAUAAUUAACCGUGCGUCAUCACACUAUACACGAAGAAGAUAGACACAGAGAGCCUGAAGACAGAGUAAGGAAGGAUACGCGGAUAAGAGAUGCCAAAAGCGAAUGAACCAGCGAACAACAUCAUCGAUUUAACAUCAUCGAUACUAUCCUAUCCUAUAAAGUAAUUUAAUUUAUAAAAAAAAAGCGAAAUAUGUAUUUAUUAAAGUAAAUAAGCAAAUAAAUAAACAUAAGAACUGAAACCUUA